UUCCAGCUGCGCUUUGUGUCCCUCACGGCCACCGUACUUAUAAAAACAUGUUUUUUCCUGCAGAUGGGCUGAAGUGUGUCUGAUGUGCGUCCUUCCAGCCUCCGUGGUCGGAAUGAGCGCGGUUACAGCGGAGAAGCUCAUUUCAGGUUAUUUAUUAAACCAUGGCCUCCUUAAAAAGAGCGAAGACCUGGGAGGUUUCGGACUCGGAGGGAGAACAAACACCGGUCGAACCAGCCGGACACAGUCCAGCUAAAGAUUACGACUGUUUGGACCCCCACAGUAAAACUGAGACCAAUAAUUCGGCCCCUCACUGUAAAACCAAGACGGUCAGUUCGGACCCCCAGAGUAAAACUGAUACAGUCAGUUCGGACCCCCACAGUAAAACCAAGACGGUCAGUUCGGACCCCCACUGUGAAGCUGAACCGGUCAGACUGGACAGUUUGAUCCCUCCAGGCUCUCGGGCCCCAUCCGUCAGCCCCGGGAGGAAGAGGAGGACGCAGGAGGAGAGAGAGGAGGAGCGAGCGAGAGCAGAGGAGAGGAGAGCGGAGAGAGAGCGAGCGCGAGCAGAGAGAGAGAGAGCGAAGGAGGAGAAGCGGCAGGAGCAGCGGAGGAGGAGGGAGGAGGCGGAGAGGGUGAAGAGUCUGAAACCGGAGAACUGCCUGAGGAGUCUGAGAGUGCAAGUCCACCCAGUGUUGCUGCAGGACUGCGGGUGUGACGUGUUAUUGGGGGUUUUGGCUGGAUUAGAGUGGAGUCACUGUAUAGAGGAGCACAGCCUCACCCACAGCAUCAGCUGGACCAGACAGACACCUCAGGUUGAUGGUGAGGAUGCUUCUGGUGUGGUGGAUGAAGAUCAGGUGCUGAUGGUGGUCUCUCAGAGAGAGUUUAUGGACAUGGUGGCCUCCAUUAAACAGGAUCUGAUUGGUGGAUCUGAGGGGGCGGAGUCUCUGUUUCAGCCGCUCUCUGAAUAUCUGAACCGAAACUCAGGAACAGUCGUCUCACUGCUGGUGACCGGAUCACAACACAAUCAACGUAGAGGCUCAUGGAAUGAUGAUGAUGAUGAUGAUGAUGAUGUCUGUCCUCGCUCUCAACUGGGCCUCCAGGACAUCGACAUUGAGGAGCUGCUGGUGUACCUUCAACUGUUUAAGAACGUGUCAGUCCACUUCCUGUUCGGCUGGCAGGAGGUGACGGACUACGCGUGUGCUGUUACGAAGGCCUUAUCCAAACGACCUUUCAAAGCACUGUGUGACAGCACUGAUCUGGGCUUCUGUCUGGACGGCUCCUGGUCCGGAGGAGUGCGUGUGGAUGGAAGUGGGCGGGGCCUCGCUCAGGUGUGGACGAGGCAAAUUCAGCAGCUCAACCGGGUCAGUGCUGCCAUGGCAACAGCCGUGACCUCUGCCUACCCGUCACCCUCCCUUCUGCUGCAGGCAUAUAAAGAGGCCGAGUCAGAAGAAGAGCAACGUAAACUAUUGGCUGAUCUGACUGUGAGGGGCGGAGCUAAAGAGAGGCGUGUCGGACCCGAACUGUCGAAUCGUGUGCAUCGGCUCAUGACGUCCCAGAAUCCUCAGCUGGUGCUGGACUAGUGGAGCUGGAGGAAGACGAGAGGAAGGUCUCGAACCACCACAGUGAAACACGUCCGAACUUCGACUGACCGUUCCCACACUGCAUAUUCCGUUUGGAGACGUUCCUCCUCGUCCAGACGUCGCUUCAAGAUCAACGUACAGAUGUUGCCUCAACCACACCAUGAACAUGACGUGACUUUCGACAGACGAAUACAAGGCUGUCUUUGUUUGCACAGCAGUUUAUCUGCACUACAGAAAUGUAUUAUUUCUUUAUGAAUGGAUAUUAUAUUGUGUUAAUGAAGGAUUUAUUAACACAA